AUGUCUGCAACUUUUCUAUUUCUUCUUCCAUUUACUAUAUUCUCUAUUUUUGCAGCUGCUCAACCAGGAACUUCCAACAUUAGCUUAGGUUCUUCUCUCUAUCCCAAUAACUCACACUGGUUAUCGAGUUCGGGCCAGUUUGCCUUCGGCUUCUACAGAGAAGGCAAUGACUUGGCCAUAGGCAUAUGGUUUGAGAAAAUCCGGCCACAAACAAUCAUAUGGACAGCAAACCGGGAUGUUAAGUUGCCACGCUCCGAAGAUGUUAAAUUGAAUUUGAGUGAUGGAGGAAUUAGUGUCAUCUUACAAGAUAAGCAAGGCUUAUCACCACCCAUUUCAAAUAUUACUGAGCCUGUUGCAUGGGCUUCCAUGCUUGAUUCUGGUAACUUUGUCCUCUACAACUCAAAUGCAAAGAUCAUUUGGCAGAGUUUUGAUGCUCCAACGGAUACCAUCUUAACUGGUCAGCGUCUGCUGGCUGGGAGGAAUCUUGUCUCUAGCAUCUCUGCCACGAAUCACGCGACGGGAAGGUUUCAACUUUCCAUGCAGCAUGAUGGGAACCUGGUGCAGUACCCAGUGAAUCCAAUUUCACCAGCACCUCAGUAUGCUUACUGGAAUACUGAGACAUAUACUGCUGGAGACAAUGUGUCUCUGAACCUUGAUCACAAUGGACAGCUAUAUCUUCUCAAUUCCACUGGUUUCUAUAUAAAGAAUAUUACUAAGCAGACACAGCUGUCUGACAACCGUGUAUUCCGUCUAACGAUUGACUUUGAUGGAAUACUUCGGUUGUAUUCUCAUAGUUUGACUCAGAAUGAUUCAUGGUCAAUUGAGUAUUCAUCAUCUUCUGAUAAGUGUGCUCCUCUGGGCCUCUGUGGCUUAAAUGCAUAUUGUGUUCUCAUAGAUGAGGAUCCCCCUUGUUUAUGCCUUCCCGGUUUUGUUUUCAUUGAUCAAGGCCGAAAGGAUUUAGGUUGCAGGAGGAACUUCAGUACCGUUGAUUGCGCGAACAAGAAUGAAACUAGAUAUUCCAUUACUGAUCUUGAUGGCCUUGAAUGGGAAGACAACCCAUAUUCUGUUCUCACAUUGAAUGAGACUGCUUGUAAAGAGGAUUGCUUGAGAGAUUGUUACUGUGAAGGUGCAGUUUAUAAGGACAAGAUGUGCAGAAAACAGAAGUUUCCGCUAAGAUAUGGAAGAACUGAUGAAACUGCUUCAACCCUAGUCAAAAUUGGCAUUGAGAGUUCAGGGACAAAAACUGUGAGCAAGGGAAGAAACAAACUUCAAACAGACAUCUUUAUUAGCAGUGUUGCAAUGUUAACUUUUGCACUAAUUAUUCUAGCAAUUACUGAAUAUUUUCUGAUUUUUCACUUAUGUUUCAUUCCUUACAAUCAACAUACAUAUUCUGAGCUUGAAAAGGCAACCAAUGGUUUCACUGAUGAAGUGGGCAAAGGAGCUUUUGGGACAGUUUAUAAAGGGGUCAUAUCAAAUGGUGGGAGAGUAGUGGCGAUCAAGAAACUAGAGAAAGUGGUGGGUGAAGGAGAGCGAGAAUUUCAAAAUGAGAUGAAUGUAAUUGGGAGGACCCAUCACAAAAAUCUGGUUAAAUUGCUUGGCUACUGUCAUGAUGGAUCAAACAAGCUUUUAGUUUAUGAGUACAUGACCAAUGGCUCACUUGCAGAUUUCCUUUUCAGAUCUGAUGGAAGGCCAGCUUGGGAGGAAAGAAUUGGUAUAGUUCUCGAUGUAGCUCAAGGCAUACUUUAUCUACAUGAAGAGUGUGAGACACAGAUCAUCCACUGUGACAUUAAACCUGAAAAUAUACUAAUGAGUGAGCGAAAAUGCGCAAAACUUGCUGAUUUUGGAUUGGCCAAGCUGCUCAAAUCUGAGCAAACCAGGACACAUACUAGGUUCAGAGGAACCAGGGGGUAUGUUGCACCGGAGUGGCAUAGAAACAUGCCGAUAACAGUGAAAGCAGAUGUAUAUAGCUUUGGGGUUGUGUUGUUGGAGAUCAUAUGUUGUAGACGAAGUGUGAAUAUGGACAUUCCUGAGGAUCAAGUAGUUCUUGAGAACUGGGUGUACCAUUGUUUGGAGGCCGACGAACUGCAUAAGCUAGUGCAGGAUGAAGAAGUGGACAAGACUAAACUUGGGAGGAUGAUCAAGAUAGGACUUUGGUGCAUCCAAGAUGAGCCAUCAUUGCGCCCGUCGAUGAAGAAGGUGGUACUGAUGCUGGAAGGGACAGUAGAAAUACCAGCCCCUCCAAAUCCUGAAUCAUUUUUCAGUUCCAUAAGUUGUAAG